AUGUCAUAUCUUCCUAGAGAUGCCAUCGCCCUCACCGGUGGCUGCUAUUGCAAAGCCAUCCGAUACACCGUCAAAGUCCCAGCCUGGGAAAACCGCCCUGCUGUUCCCGGCGCCCUCGAGACUCCCAUCUCGCCCACCGAAAAGGUUCAGACUCGAUUACCAUUGAUUGAUCUUGAUCACUGCGGUAAUUGUCGCCGUCAAGCUGGCUGUAUGAUCCAAUGUUGGCUCAUAGUCCCAAUUGACUGGGUGGAAUGGGAUCUACUACGGAAAGAAGCCACAGGUAGCCAGCAAGCGCUUCAUCUAUCUACACGCGAAGCAGUUGGACCGCUCAAAGAGGGCGGGAACUCAACCUUGACCUACGUAUCCCGCUUUAGUUGCACUGACAGAGCGACGAGGACUUUCUGUUCGCGUUGCGGCACAAACCUGUCAUAUUUGAGCACCAAAUACCUGGAUACUCCACAAGCAUUUGUCGAUCUGACAGUUGGUAGCCUGGAUCCAGAAGCUCUCGAAUUGGCGAAGCCAGACCGACAUGGCUGGUGGGAUUUUGGUGUUGACUGGAUCAAAGCACUGCUGAGAAAGGGCGACGGCGGGUUUCUGAUCCGACACCAGACGGGUGACGUGUCCCGAGCUGUGGAAGAUUAA